AUUAGUAGUAAGCUGGACCUUUUGGUCCGAGUUCGAUAUUCCAAUCCUCUUAUAGCCCCUCCUUACCCUCCUAAACUAUUCAAUGUCCCUACCAACAUCUCACGAUUGGGAGAACCAUCAUAUCUCGAUCAUUUAUCCUCUUCCGCACCAAUACCAAUGCUUGUGGAUUCUGAAAUGGGGAUGCCAAUUGAUUUGAACGCCUACGAUGGGGUUUGGGAUGGUAAUGAUGAAAUCUUGAAUCCGACUUUUGAUCCAAACAAGGUGAAAGAUGAAACGGAUCUCGCUUUGUUAAUUCCAUUUCAUGCUCCUGUAGUCACCAACGGGGUAGAACAAGCCAACACGACUCGAGAUUAUUCAUGGAUGAGAAAUUCCAAUUACAGUAUGAGAAAGAAUGCUGCGAAAAGAAGAUCAGCAAUGGACACCAAAGGAGAUAUUGACGCUUCUGAAGCUGCUCAAAUAAUGGCUAUCGAUAAAACUUUUUCAGAUUUGGAAGAAACCCAGAUUGAUGCUCUACGACAUCCAGAUCCUAACAAAAGGGAUUUACGUGUGGUGGAGACAUAUGAUAUUUUACCCGACGCAGAAAGAUGGGGAGAUCCUUAUUUACUCAUGCGAUAUCCUGAAAAACCUUCAGCUGCAACUGCCACCAACCCUCAAGCGGACGCUUCGAAUCGUCGACUAGCUAGAGCCUUGUUGCGACCGGUAGAGGACGAAGAGCAACAACGAUAUAUCAUUUAUCUUUUACCUAGAGAAGAGGAUUUGGAUAAAUUGGACGAAUCUAUAGAACAUCCACUAGCCGAAGAACAGUUGAUAAAGUUACAAGAGGGUGAAGAGGAGGGAGAACAAGAUGAGAAGCCUAAACCUGGAUUUUUGUAUGAACGAAUCAGAUUAUACGACGUAGUCAGUCAAGUAGCUCCACAUAAGGAGAUAUUGGUCACUUUUCAUGAAGGCGAAGAGGACGAUGAGAAUGGUAAGAAACGUAAAGGUGUUUUGUAUAACAAUAUUGUGAUGCGUAGUACUGUGAGGAAGAAAAUCAAGCGAACAGACGAACCGGAAUCAGGGGAACAUUGGAAUAGAGCCAAUAUCAUUUUCCGACAACCCAAAGAGAGUGAAAUGGAAUUUCACGCAGAAGCGAGUGAAGUCAUUGUUGAUCCUCAUUGGGCUAAUGGUGAAUUACGUAGAUUACAUGGUGGGGAUAAUAUGGCAGAAGGACAAGGUGAAGCUAUUGAUGAUGAAGAGGAUCCAAUAGAUGAAGGUGCUGAAGCUGCUGAGGAUGUAAAUGAAGGUGAAGAUGCAUAA